GUUUGGAGUCAUGUCGGAUCCGGAGAAGAAGAGUGAAGACAUUCCUGAUGAGUCUGCAGGAAAAGAGGACAGACUUCCUAACGGAGGGAAUACUGUGAAGAGUAAAGAGGACUUCGAUCUCGCCUCCAUCUACGUUUCAGACGCUCAGUACAACAGAAACAUCUGCUUUGAUCCUUCACCUCAAUCUGUGAAACUGUACCUGCUCUACAACCACUGGGUCCCUCAGGUCCUCCUCUACUUCUUCAUCAUGGUGGAUUUAUCUCUGGCCAUCUUCGAGGAGCCGGCCGUCUUCCUACUUCCUGUUUGGGCGACCAUGCUGGUGGAGCUGCUCUGUCUGCUCGUCUUCACCCUUCGUCUCGUCCACUACGCCAAAGUCAUCCCACGAGAGAAGUUCUGGAAAGACCCCAAAAACAUCGCCAUCAUCGUCAUCAUCAUGCUGACUCUGAUAGAUAUGAUAAUCUAUGGAGGUCUGAAAGCUGCUAACUGUUACUCCGUCCGCUGGUCCAGAGUUCUGCGGCCGCUGCUGUUGGUCAACGUCACCGAAGGACGACAGCUCCGCCGGGCGUUCAGAAGCAUCCGGAACGCUCUGCCUCAGAUCUUCUACGUCUUCCUGCUCUUCAUGUUCAGCGUGCUCAUCUUCUCCCUCAUGGCCCUCAAGCUGCUCGGCAAACGAGGUCUGAAGACGAUCGACGGCGCUCCGUACUUCACCAACUAUCUGGACAUCGUGUUCGACCUUUACGUCCUCGUCACGACGGCCAACAGCCCCGACAUCAUGAUGCCAGCGUACAACGCCAGCCUCUUCUUCGCCAUCUUCUUCAUCAUUUACAUCCUCAUCAACACGUACAUCUUCAUGUCCGUCUUCUUGGCCGUCGUCUUCAACAACUACAAGAAAUACCUCAAGGAGGAGGUACGGCAGCUGGUCAGGGCCAAGCGGCAGAAGAUGGUGCGUGCGUUCGCCGUGCUGCAGGAGCAGAAGGAGGACGGAGGCGAGCAGGUGGUGAGUCAGGCCAGCUGGAGCCAAGUGGUCAAACUGGUGCAGCCGGACAUCAGCGACGCUCACAGAGAGCUGCUGUGGAGCGUCUGUGACGACAAGAGCCAGGGAUUCAUCGGUAAAGUGGCGUUCGUCCAGUUGGCCGACCUGCUGAACAUCGAGGUCAUCACGCUCAAAGCGAGGCCACACCCCCUCAACCGUUUAUGCCCCGCCUUCUACCGGUCAGCGCCGAGCCGGCUCCUCUGCAGGAUGGUCCAACACCGAGCGUUCGUGAUCGUGUACGAUCUCAUCAUCCUGGUGAACGCGGUGUUCAUCGGUCUGGACGAAGAGAAUCCGAUGAUCGCUAACUCGGAGUGGGUCUUCCUGGCGCUCUACCUGCUGGAGAUCCUGCUGAAGCUCUACGUGUUCGAGCCCAGGGCCUUCUUCUCCAGACACAGCUUCUGGAACUGGUUCGACACCAUCAUCGUCGUAGCAGCGCUCAUCGCUACCGUCAUCAACUCUGCCAUGAAGUCAUCGGGCGGUUACACCAGCAGACAGAUCCUGGACAUCGUCUUCAUCCUCAGAGUCCUCAGACUGAUCCGAGUGGUGGACAGCAUCAAGAGGUUUCGUGCGAUCAUCAACACACUGAUCAGAAUCGGUCCGGCGAUUCUCACGUUUGGUCAACUGAUCAUCGUGGUGUACUAUAUCUUUGCCAUGGUUGGCAUGGAGCUGUUUAAAGGGAAGGUUCAGUCUUUCCCGUUGGACUCGACGGAUCCAACGAAGUCUUUCUGUGGAAACGUUCUCCUUAAAGGAACCGACUUCGCUAAACUCAACUACUGCAAGAAUAACUUCAACAACGUGGUGUCGUCCUUCGUCCUGCUGGUGGAGCUCACCGUGGUCAACCAGUGGCACGUUCUCGCCAGCGGUUUCGCCGUCGUUACUCACGUAGCGGCUCGGAUCUUCUUCGUCCUCUUUCACAUCGUGGUCGUCAUCGUCAUCAUCAACAUCUUCGUGGCCUUCGUGUUGGAGGCGUUCUUCGUGGAGUACUCGGUGGAUAAAAGUGAUCUGCAGUCGUCUCUGGAGAAGAAGAUCGAGGAGCUCGAGCUCUCCGUGGCUCAGGAGAACUUCGACGAUAACUUGGUGAACGCCAUGGAAACCAUGGACAACGACUUGGGCCAAUCAGGAGGCCAGCCGACCGACAACAAACCGUCACUCAUGUUUAAAAUCGCCUCGAAACGAUAUCGGACGGUCGACGCUUUGCUGCAGCGGAUGUUCGAGGCCGAUCUCGACCCCGAAGACUUCGCCGACAGCGACGAGGCCGACGCUCAGACCAACGGGAACUUCCCCAACCCGACGUCCAGCUCGGCGUGA